GUACGCCUCACUUUCGCCCCCACCGAAGUGCGCAAUCUCCUCUCCAUACACACCUGGAAUAAAACUAAAGCAUAUUAGCAAAUAACAUCCAUUCGAUCGUUGCACCAACACACCUCCGACUCCUUCAUUAUCUUUCUCUAUCUCCACAAAGGAUGGUGUUUCCAGAGCAAGAGCGAGAGUUAAUAAGUUGUUAGGUCGCCGGAUAAUAUACAAAUUUUUGUCUUCCCUUCAACAUUUACUAACUAACUCACUCGAACUGGGCAAUAAAAUCAGUUACAUCGGAAGAACUGUUGAUUUUCAACUCCAAGUAACCUUUCCCCCAUUUGCAUAUCUUAUGGUUUUGUGACACCUUGACUUAAAUCGAUUUCAACGGGUGUCAAGGAUUUGAGUUCAUCAAACAUGAUUGGUGUUUAUGUAGUUAGUAAUGACUGCAUUAACAACGCGUACAACGGCAGCUGUAAUUACAGGAUUAUCAUCUAACAGACUUAAGAUGUUGUAGAUUGGAUUCUGUGGAUACAUGGAAUGAUUAUUACGUAUCGAUAUUCAGAUGAUAAUGAAUUUCAGCGAGUCUUGCCUUGGGAUCCCAGCGACAUUGUCAUGAAAUCGUAACAUUCAAAUGUUUACAAACGUGGAACUUAAAUAGUUGAUGGCAGUAAGUCGACAACCCAAGAGCUGCAAUUUCGUACGUCGUGAAACAUAAACUGUUCAUUUAUAGGCCUUAAUUACUCAAGAAUGGCAAUGGCAUGAAUGUGAUGAAAGCGACUAAUCUGAGUUCACCGGAAAAGAGAGCGCAUGCAAGCUGCCGUUCAUGAUAGACCGAAGACAGUCCAGCAGUCCUGGGGGACAUCAUUAUUGUAUUCUGGCAACAUCAUGACACAUACAUACAAACAAUUGCGUGACAUCAUGGCGAUAUUUGCUCAGGUGAAGCAGAUUUGUUUGCCAGACUUUCGUUACUUCGUGACAAACUGAGAGAUCGAUCUAGCCUCUCUUCGACGCAGUGAUAUCUCUUUGAAAGACAAAUGUUUGUCAUACAGCAUCAACCUUUAAUGAAAAUGACUAUUCGUUAAUAAUCAUGCAAGGUAUUGACAGUGGAUGGAUCAGAGUCUAAGUGGCUUCGGACUGAUAAUGCCUUUAAUUAUAAUAUGAUGAUAUGAUUUUAGCGAUCAAAACACUCGAAUCCGACACCUUGAAGUGAUAAUCUCAAUCGUGAACAAUUAAUAACACAUUUGAUCAGUAUUUGUUUUGAUGUUUAUAUGGUUAUUAUCAUCACAUUUACGGUUAUCUAAUUGUAUGUACCAUCUUAUGUACCAUCUAAUCAAAUGAUACUUUGGACGAUACUUAACGGAAAUCAACGCGUCUUAGCUGAUAUCUUUUCCAUAAAGAUGACUUGAUUUCUAAAUAAUGCAAAUAAGAGGAUCAAAAUAAGAUUUCAUUGAGUUAAACUGAUCGGCGGUCACUUGAAAGACGGCAGAACAGAGAACCAACGCUUGGGCAUUUCGGCGUUUGUUGGGGAGUUUUUAAAAGUCAAUUUUACGACUGAUCGACUAAAUUUCUGUCCAUGGAUCAUAAUUUCAUUAUGUAGAGAGGAAUCUCAUCAAUUAGACAUAUGGUAACCUUGGAUGCAUUAUUUCGAAUAAUGGCGAUGAAAUCGGAACUGAGAUCGGCUUAUGGUGGUUGCAAUUUGGACACCAAACUGUCCCUUUUAGAAGUUGGGGGCGAAGGGGCAUCGUCACCGUCUAAGCCGAAGUUGUCGCACAACAACACUCCUUUCUUGCCCAGAAUUCGAGUCGAAGAGUGCGGAUUGACCGUCGAGGCCCGAGAUAGAGACUCUUGGAAGCGAUUGAAAGGCACUGGUAUGAGAUGCUGGAAACCUGGAAAGAGAAGAAAGUCAAAAAAUAAAGGCGAAGAUGACAAGUCCCCCACAAACGCGCCAACACUACCGUUGCGUGACGGGUUUCACACGCAAGAACAAAGGGAAGAGGAAUGCGACGCGCACAGCGUAAAGUCGAGUAGUAGCUCACUUUACCAAUGUCCAACGUCGGCAUUCAUUGGAUCUCUUCAAGUUGGGAGCGUUCCAUUCAGUCAUAGUAGAGCGAGAGAGAAUGCCCGGAUGGCUCGCGCAAUCCGAUGGCCGAUCGGUUGUCUUAAAUAUUCGACACCGCAUUCAUCAUCGACUUCGGACGUCAAGACGGACUCUUUGAUGUCGGUUGUCGAAUCUUCGAAACAGCGACUCAUGCCUCUCGUACCCUCGCCUUCUGCACCCUUGAAAACUCCGAGUAAUGUUUCUCCUCGCGAAAGGGUGAUUCUUAACAAACUUGCUUCUAAGCGAAAACAGCAAUUAUCUCGGCGACUAGGGAAGAGCAACGAUGGGACCAACAACACCGGGUCCUCUCCCGAAAGUCGACUUCCAUCGCCAAUUGAUUUUGAUCAGUUCCUUCCAACAACUCACUGUGCCCAUCUUGUAAACAUCACCUCAUCAACGACACAACCAAGCUCGAAAUACAUCUUACGCAGUGACGGUCUUUACGAUAUCAUCGAUGACUCGACGCAAACCCGUUUAGAAAAGCUUCAUGGGUCGUCAUCCACGGUUUCGUUGUCGACCAUACCUAUAGAACGGGUGUCCAGUGGGUCGAAUACGAAUACAUCAGGCUACGAAUCGGUCAACGGAAUCUCAACUCGAACAUUGCAGGGCCACAACAGGGAUUGCCCACUGUGUAACGACUUUAAACCGUCUGAUGUCGGCCAUUUUUGCCCACCAAAUACGCCGGAUGAUGUCACCAGUCAUGCAGACAUUGCACAAUGAAUACAGUUAAGAACGUAUCGAUUUGGAUGUGUCUCAUUAACCUGAUAUGAACAUAUUUUUUUUCUUUUAAUUUGAUUGAUCAAAAUGAACCAGAAUAAUUCAAAUCAUAUAAACUGGAAACUAUGACAUCAUAACAACUCAUCCAAUAAGUAAUUAUGAUGAAGCUGUAAGCUCAUAAUUUGCACUGUUCUUCUGUAACUGCGAUUUCGCAAUUCCAAUCCAUCGUUUACGCAUAGGCCUACUUAUUAUUUUUCAAUUAAAUCAAAAUCUGCAAAUAAUCAUAAAUAAUUGACAACUGACCUCUCGUGUAUAUGAUUGACAUAAAUGAAUUGUACAUGCAUGUUUGACUGGAAUAUGACCUUGGAUUAGAAAAGUGAAUUACAUAUCAUUUAGCGACCCAUAGUUUACCCAAUUAGACAUUUUUCUUGAUAUAGAAAAUAAUUGAACAUAAAAGUCACAUCGCGAAAUGCACAUAACAUAUUAGUACUGUCUAUUUGACCGUGUUAUAAAGUUCACUAUUGGGCUAAUAUUGUUAUAUUUAAAUUCAUGUUACAUUAAUUUUUAAUGCAUUUUAAACAGUCAUAGUUUCAAAGUAUUUUUUCAAAUUAUUAUGUUAAUACGUCAUUUCUGAGUUGAUAAGAGAAUUUAAUUCUACAAUACCCCUCAAUCAUGUCAAUGAUAGCAUUUCCGAAGUUACUAUGGACUCCUUGUUUAAUAUUAACAGAGAUUUUUGUUAUCCUUUUAUCAAGUAUGGCUUAUUUGUUUUAUAACCUCAUAUUCAAGAAUAUUUCAAGAAUAUAUCUCAAUCUUUUAGGAAUGAUAAUUAUAGGAAUUUGAAUCACGACGUGAUCGAGAAAUGCCAAUUACUUAAUUUCACGAUGUCAUUUCGCAUAUUCGAGUGGCUACGAUUAUUUAAAAAGUUUGCAAGGGCUUCAUCUAUUCUAUUAUUAUUAUUAUUAUGUAAAUAUCACACUUAAUUGUAUUUUAAACAACCCAGUGUCGAGUUUUAAGCUUGAUUUACCUCCCAUAAACCGAUGACGUUAUUUUUUAAACUUGGCGAAACAUUUGUUGAUUUACAAUGAUUGUAAGGAGUAUACGAAGAAAUGGUUUCUAAGAGAGUUGAAUAAAUAAAGAGUCACAUGAAGUAUAAGUUAUUUUAGUUGCAUAUUCAGUUAAAGUAAUGCCCAUCAAUAGUGUAAAAUAAAGAAUUAAGGCACAUUGUAUCAAUUAAGAACUACCUCUCACUAUUUCCAUUACCCUUUUUUUCAAUAUGUAUGUUAAAUUCAUUAAUCAUUGAGUUGUGUUUGUGAUGUCUAUUCAUCCGGGGGGGGGGUUAAGCAGCAGCAACACAAGUGUGAUUGUAAAAUUAUUCAUUUUUUUCUAUGACGAAUUUCACUAAAAAUCACAAUCUCUUUGCUGCGCGCUUUUACCAUUGUUGACGUAGGGCAAAUGGUAGGCAUUGCGCAUGCGUUCUUCUGGGGUUACCACCGCCGCGCUAUUCAUACACAUAUUACUUUUAUUCUUAUCUUGCGCUUAUGCAAUUCGGGAGCAAUUUUCGCAAAUUCUCUUUCGGAAUUCUCUUUUCAUAAUGGGCUUUAUCAAAUUUAAAGUUAGAGCUCGAUCUUUACCAUCUGAAGAAGAAAGUUUUGAUUAUUCUUCUGAUCAGGCAGAGGGUAGCAAUGUCUGCUGCUUGGCAGGGAUCAAGAAAUUAUUCUCUAAGAAUAAGAAGGUGAGGGAUUUAUUUCAAUAUACAUGUUACCUCUUAAUAGUUUCUGCUAUUAAAUUUGAUCGUUGUCUCUUCACUUUGAAAAUAUAACUUAUUAUAAGAUCAGAUAUGAAAUA